CGGAGCCAGAGCAUGCGGGGCGCGGCGCGGGCGGCCUGGGGGCGUGCGGGGCAGCUGUGGCCGCGACCCCCCGCCCCGGGCCCGCCCCCGCCGCCGCUCCUGCUGCUGCUCCUGCUCCCGGCCGUGCUGCUGGGCGGCGCGGGCGCGCAGUACUCCAGCGACCUGUGCAGCUGGAAGGGGAGUGGGCUGACGCACGAGACGCACAGGAAGGAGGUGGAGCAGGUGUAUCUGCGCUGCGUGGCGGGCGCUGUGGAGUGGAUGUACCCGACAGGUGCUCUCAUCGUUAACCUGCGGCCCAACACCUUCUCGCCUGCCCGGCACCUGACUGUGUGCAUCAAGCCCUUCAGGGACUCCUCGGGGGCCAAUAUUUAUUUGGAAAAAACUGGAGAACUGAGACUGCUGGUACCGGACGGGGACGGCAGGCCCGGCCGGGUGCAGUGCUUUGGCCUGGAGCAGGGCGGCCUGUUCGUGGAGGCCACGCCGCAGCAGGAUAUCGGCCGGAGGACCACGGGCUUCCAGUAUGAGCUGAUUAGGAGGCACAGGGCGUCAGACCUGCAUGAGCUGUCUGCCCCGUGCCGUCCCUGCAGUGACACCGAGGUGCUCCUAGCCGUCUGCACCAGCGACUUCGCCGUUCGAGGCUCCAUCCAGGAAGUCACCCACGAGCCCGAGCGGCAGGACUCAGCCAUCCACCUGCGCGUGAGCAGACUCUAUCGGCAGAAAAGCAGGGUCUUCGAGCCGGUGCCCGAGGGUGACGGCCACUGGCAGGGGCGUGUCAGGACGCUGCUGGAGUGUGGCGUGCGGCCAGGGCAUGGCGACUUUCUCUUUACCGGCCACAUGCACUUUGGGGAGGCGCGGCUUGGCUGUGCCCCACGCUUCAAAGACUUCCAGAGGAUGUACAGGGACGCCCAGGAGAGGGGACUGAACCCGUGCGAGGUUGGCAUGGACUGACGCUGGUGGAGUCCUUUGGGCGCUGCCCUCCCUUUUCCCAUGAGUCACGUGCUGCGGUGGGUGCUGCGGUCCGGUGGGCCGUGCAGUGGGGCCGCCUCUGGGGGCCGCAUGCCUGGGGCCCAGGCCUGAACCUGGUGCCCAGCUGUGGACGUUCUCGCCACACUGAACCCCAUGAGCUCCCAGCCAAGGACGCCCUGGCCAAUUGGAAAUGCUGUAAAAUGCAAACUAAGUUAUUAUAUUUUUUGGUAAAAAAGAAAUGUCCAUAGGAAACCAACUCCUGUGUCUUAAAAUGCCUUGGUUGGCCAUUUGAUACUGUUCUUAAAGACGUUUGAGUCACGGCGUCUGGCCUGGUGUUGGGGAAGCGCUGGCCAUUGGGCACAGUGGACGUGUGAAAAGGUGCCAUUCAGAGUUGUUUAUUCCACGACAGAGUUUAUGGAGCCAAAUAAUAUGUUUUUUAUUUUCAUUUUAUUUUUAAAGAAUGAGCUUGGCCAGCUGUAGUCCUUUUCGGACUGCUGGUUGUUUCCAUUCCAGAGAAUAAAGACCAGGAUCGACCAGC